CGUCAUAGGGCGGCGCUGGUUCUACGUCGAUAGUCGACUGCUGUUGCCAAAAUCCCGGGUAGCAGGGAUCCAUCCGAAAAAAAAAAACAAAUACAAAAAGAGAGGAAAAGAAAAAGGUGUUUGAAAAAAGAAAAGAAAGGAAGAAAGAAGAGAGAGGGGAGGGGAGGGAAAUGGCUGCACAGAACAAGGGGAAACGUGAAAAAAAAAAAAUUAAAGAGAGCAACAAUCACCAGGUGCGCGCAACCACUGCACACACACACACAUUCUCUCUGUGUCUCAGCACCAGCAAAGUUCAGCAAAGUUCAAGCGCCGAAACAUAUGGAUACUAUUUUUCACUCGCACAUUUUUUGUGACAGUUUGCUUUACAAGUGGUUCAUACAUACUCUGAACCUCAUUGCAUCCAUCGAUCAUGCCCAACACCGUACCUGAAUCCAUUAGCUCCCCUCUUGCAGUCAUUGCAACUCUCUUUGACGAGUAUGUGCAAGAUCCUGCUGCCCAGCCAAGUGAAUUCGAUCCAGCAAACCACUUCAAGUCACUGUUUUCUGACGACAAUGCACGAAACAAGAUUCCAUCCAUAAAUAACGUGCCUGUGCAACGAUUACCUAAAAAUACCUUGGUUCGCUUCCGAUGUUUGGUGCAAGACCCUCAGAUGGGACAAGAGCUGUUUGUGGCUGCAUACAAGAAACCCAAUGACGGAAGAGUCGUCUGUACGGGUUACACAGAAGACUUGAGGGACACGGAGGCCGGUGAAUUUGAUAUCGACGACGUGGCCAACCACUAUCUGGGUGAACGAUCCGUCGUAUAUUGUGUUUCGCCACCAGGUGAAACUAGCUGGGCUAAGCAACGAUUGUAUGGUCGAGAUAUCAGCGAUGCGAUGAACCAGCUAAAUAUCAACGAGGAAGGAGAGGAACACAAGUCCCCACUGCCAAACAAAUAUCCAUUGCCUGGCGCCAAACAUACAUCUGCUGCUGUGAAAUUCUAUGGAUCCGCAGAUGCAGUCAAAGUCGGACAGAUGGUGGAAGUGAUUGGCGUGCUCUCACACCCACAGAAGAUCGAAUCGACUGAAGGAACAGCUGUAGCAACGGACGAGUACACUCUCCCUACAGUUUCUUAUGCUGAUGUGCCUGUGAUCCACGCCAUCACACACCGUAUGCUCGAGCACGCCAACACUGCUCCAUUUUCAAGCGCUGAAUUGAACGAUGUAUCAGCUCAAGCAUACGAUAUCCGUGAAAAGCUCUUGGAUUACAUAUCUUCAGCAUUUGGCGGCGAUAAGUUGGUCUCGGAAUACGUCCUGCUGUUGCUUCUCUCAAGAGUGACGGGCAAAGUGAGUGGACUCAAGAUUGGUCAGUUUGCGUUGAACGUGGUGAAUUUCCCUGUUAUCAAGCCAAACACGGAACAGCAAUCAUCAAAAAAGCUCAGUCCAAAGAACGUGGCAUCCAAGCUGGUCUUUGAGCUCAUAGAAAACUUGGUCCAUCACUGCGUCGGUGUGCCUCUUUCGAUUGAGUUAUUAAACGGUACACGAUUCAUGCCAAAAAGCGAAAACGAAAACUUGGAAGCUGGUCUUCUGCAGCUUACAGAUGGCACUGCCGUGAUCUUGGAUGAGACUGCCAUGACAGAAGGAACAUUGGGUGAUCUUGGUGUUCGCAAUGUCCAAGUGAUCCAGGAACUGGUCACACAACAGUCCCUGACCUAUGUCUUCCCAUACAGCAAUUACGUUUUUGACACGGAUUAUUCAAUUCUUUGCCUUUCGGAAGGCAAAUCUAUUCUACCGAAUGACUGUGUAGUACCACUUCAAUCAAGCUUUACCACCGAGGAACUUCCUCAACUGGACGAACAAGUACUUGAUUUGUUCAGACUCUAUAUUCAAUUUGCAAGAUAUAGCGAGUACAGCAUUGACCCAAAGAUGUCUGACGAUAUUACCGAAUCGUUUGUUCAGGAACGUAAGGCUGCACAGCAGAACAAGUCCAAGCUUCCAACACAAGAGGACCUUAUGCGCUGGAUGAGCAUGGCCCGUUUAGUUGCAUUGUCAUUUGGUGAAGGAAAAUUGACGAAGGAAAUAUACAACCAUGCCCGCAGCAUGGACCUGGAGCGUACUAAGCGAUUGUUAGGCGGUGACCAGGAAGCUGCAAAAUAGAUUAGCAAAAAGAAAACUGUGUACAAAAGAAACCAUCCUCCUCCUCAUCCUCCUUCUUCUCCUCUUCAUCAUCCAUUUUUUCAAAAAGGAAAAAUUAUUACAUAUAUUUAGCAGUAAAAAUGAUUUAAUAAAGAGAUAGCAUUUGUGAAUAUUUUAAGCAU